AUGGAUUCUCCGUGGCGUCCCGUCCUCAUCGCUGCGCUGGCGGUCUGCUUUUGCUCCUCACCUGCCGCCUCUGACAGAAAAUUCGGUUGUCUGUUUGAGGACAAGCUCUGUGCACCAUAUGAGUUCUGCAUCAAUGAUGGAGUGUUUGGAAGGUGUCAGGAGUUGGCUGGGGCAGACCUGUACACGUAUGAUAUUUCAUCCUCCGCUCUCCAGCGCCUCAGGAUCCUCCUACAGAAGCUGGCUCACAGAGGACUGACAUGGCAGGACGACAUUACUCAGCAGGUCAUCUCCAGAGAACUCUCCAAACUGAGGACCAUCCCUUUACGCCAGCAGAGUCCACCUCUGAGCCAUCUGAUGGCCUACAGCAACCCCAGAAACAGGAAGCCGAGUCUAACACAGACAGAGCUGAGCAGAAACCUUCAGGCGUAUCUUACAGGGUUGGGCUUCAUGCCGCAGGCUGACACAAAUGGAAACCAACCAGUAAAUCAGAAUCAAGAUAUCACACCUGAUGCCCCGAAAAAGACCAGCCAGCUAAAGCCAAAUCAAGGCUGGAAGGAGACCACAAUCUACAGCCUCCAGAAAGGAGCUGGCCAACCUCCAGUCACCAAAGUCAUUACCAAGAGUGGAGAUGGCAGACACCCCAAGCUCAGUACAGGCUACUCAAGCCAUGAACCUGACAGGAGUAAGCUCCUCUCCAACCAUGUGCAGCAGCUUCUUCCAGGGGCAUCCGGUACUCAGCAGGGCUUUACUGGUGGAGAGCCUGUAUGGCCAAAGGGGAAACUCCACUACCUCAGCUACCUGCAGCCUGCUCAGAGCAAUCGUGCAGACCCACAGAUUGCUUUUGGCUCCAACCCUGCAAAGCCUAAUCUUGACAGACUGCUCUUCAAGGCUGGCUCAAAUCAGCUCCUUUCAAAAAGCCCUCAUAGCGUCAUGGAUGAUCAUCUCAUCCUCAAUACAGUGAACCACUUGGGGAGCCAUAGCCUUAACAUGGAGGCUUUGAUGGGGAAAGACCUGGACCAGCUGGCUGAGGUCAUCACCGGAGCUCUGCAGGAGGUGGAUGAGGAGAGGCUUACUGAUGGGGCCGGGCCAGUACCUGGAGCUGGUAACUCCAGGGGGGAGAUGAGGGUUAACAAGCAACCACCAUCAGGAAGCCUUCUGAAUCAAGACCAGGAUCUUAAAUUGCCAGAACUAAAUCCAAAAGGAGCUCUCAAAUUAAAACAAGGCCAACGGAUAGACGGUGCAGACAAAGAGUCCACUGACAAGCAUACGGCCAUAUUUUCCAAGCUGCUAGACUACCUCAACAUGGAGCCCUUUGGUGAUGCUCCAGGGGUCAAGAGUGGGCCACGUGCUCCUCUCCAAAAAAUGGUUGGACUGGAGAGCGUCCAUAGCAUAACGAAACAGGGCCAAGUUCCUGCCCCCUUCCGCUCAGAAGAGAAGAUUGUCACCGUCCCAGCAAAGGAAGGGUCCACCCUGCGGUUGAGUGGCGGAGUGGAGGGGCCAGAGGGGAGGGUGGACUCUGAGAUCCAGAGGUGGAUGCAGGGGGAUCAGAAACCCGUGACGGUUGUACAGCCAGAGGAGGCUCAGAAAAAGGAUGUAAAGAUUAAAACCCAGCUGGUCCACGUGGGACUGAAGGAGUUUUCCAGCAGAGGGAAGGACAGACAUUUUGGCUACAUCAUCACCAACUCAGACUCCCUCACAAAUGACCGGGCCUCUGACCUGAUGGAGCGGCUGACCCAAAGGCUGAACCUCCACGCUGCCGACCUCACACAGCUCUCUGUUCUUGGUCCUGCACUGACGUUCAGGGUCGGCCCAAACCCUAAAAACGUGACCACUGCAGAUCUGGUUCAAGUUGCAGUCCAAGAGAAGCUGCAGCUGGAGAAGGAGACGGGCCUGAAGAUAGUGGAGGCUGGAGUGAGUGAUAGAGGCAGCCUGACCCAAAUCCCUGUAGUGAAGGAGACCAGGGUGGAGUCCGGCCAGUUCCUGCUGCUCUCCGUCCUCUGCAUGCUCUUCAUCCUGGUGGCGCUGACCGUGUCCGCCACCUUCUUCUGCGUCCGCCAGCGCUCACACCUCCACAUGAAGGAGAAGCUGGCAAGCUUAGGGACUGACACCAACCAUGACGCUACAACAGCCUAUCAGGAGCUGUGUCGCCAGCGCAUGGCGAUCAGGACGUCGGAGCGUGUGGAGCGGCCCGAGACCCUGCGCCACUCACGCCUCAAUAGUGUGUCAUCCCAGUUCAGCGAUGGCCCUGCAGCCAGCCCAUCCACGCGCAGCAGCACCUCCUCCUGGUGCGAAGAGCCGGUGCCGUCCAACAUGGACAUCUCAACAGGUCAUAUGAUACUGUCCUACAUGGAGGACCACUUGAAGAACAAGAACCGUCUGGAGCGCGAGUGGGAGGCGUUGUGCUCCUACCAGGCUGAGCCCAGUGCCUGCAGUGUAGGCCAAAUUGAGCAGAACUCUAAGAAGAACCGAGCUAACGCCGUUGUUGUUUAUGAUCAUUCUCGAAUUACCUUGAAAGCAGAGAAUAACCACAGCAACUCGGAUUACAUCAAUGCCAGCCCCAUUAUGGAUCACGACCCUCGCAAUCCAACUUACAUUGCCGCCCAGGGCCCACUUGCUUCCACUGUGGCAGACUUUUGGCAGAUGGUCUGGGAGAGUGGCUGUGUCGUCAUUGUCAUGCUGACCCCACUGUCUGAAAAUGGCGUGAAGCAAUGUCACCACUACUGGCCCGACGAGGGAUCUGAUAUCUAUCAUAUAUAUGAGGUCAAUUUAGUGUCUGAGCAUAUCUGGUGUGAGGAUUUCCUGGUCAGGAGUUUCUACCUGAAAAACCUGCAGACCAACGAGACGCGCACAGUCACCCAGUUCCACUUCCUGUCUUGGAUGGACCGCGGCAUCCCAAGCUCAGCCCGGACCCUGUUAGACUUCCGCAGAAAGGUUAACAAGUGCUACCGUGGCCGAUCUUGCCCGAUAAUUGUUCACUGCAGUGACGGAGCUGGCAGGAGUGGGACCUACAUGCUGAUUGACAUGGUCCUCAAUAGGAUGGCUAAAGGUGCUAAAGAGAUUGAUAUUGCCGCUACCCUGGAGCACUUGAGAGACCAGAGAGCUGGCAUGGUCCAGACAAAGGAGCAGUUUGAGUUUGCUCUGACAGCCGUGGCAGAGGAGGUGAAUGCCAUUCUGAAAGCGCUUCCUCAGUAAAGACCUACACCUCCUCCUUUCCUCUUCUCCUCAUCCAUCUCGGAGCGCCGGUCUUCUCUACCUACUCAUCGCAAACAUCUCUCCCCUCUCGUUUCAACAUCUUACAAUACUGUAUAGUGAAUAUUGUGCGAGCUCCUUUCUUAUUCUGUGAUUCCAGAGUUGGAACAUUGCUCUGAUUACCUUUCUAGUUACUAAGGGAAAUGGAGGUGGGGUGCUUGGAUCAGUGUUCCUACUGUGCGAUUUCUGAAAAUGAAUCCAUGGUUCUCUAUGCGGUGUUGUUUUUUCUGAACAUUUGGUUUAAAGGCCACUAAUGAGAUGUGUAUGUAAUCUCAUGUGAAAUUUACCAACUGGGCUCUCAGCGACUAAAAACAGUUGAGGGACUGCACCUACUGUUUGUCUGUCAGAAUUUGUGUGUGAAAAAGGAUAAUGGUAGUGCUGACUCUAUUCUUAUUGUUUGUUUUGCUGACAGUGCUAAACACUUUAAUAUUCCAACAUCCACUGCUUCAGUGGUAUUUAACCCCUAUUUGGUAAAACAACUCAAACUUAAAUGGAUUGUAUUGGGACUGAAUGUAAUAGACUAACACAAAGUAGUACACUACUGAGAAAAAAGAAUGGAAAAUGAACAUUCAAAUUAUUUUAUAAAAAAAUGCCUUACUGUAUCAUUAAAAACUACUUCGUUUGCACAACUAAUAGUUGUCCUUUCAUGAAAUUAUCCCACCUGAGCUAUUGAUCAGUGCAGCUCAGCCAGAGUCACCAUGCCCCCCUAGCCUGUUUAUUUAGGCUGACAGCCAUUUCUCUGUUUUUGCAUUGGGCCACUCAGAUGAUACUUUCCUGAAUGGCGUAUGUAAUACAAAGAUAUACAACACUUUUCAGUUUAUUACUGUUACACAUUUUCAUCAUUGUUUUUCUGUUUUUCUUUCAUUUCAAAUGUUGUGCUACAAUUUGUUGGGUUAUUACAUGAUGUCCCAGUAAAAAAGAUUAAAGAUUGUAGUUGUAAAACAGCAAAAUGUGAGAACAUAGAAAUACUUUAACAAGACAUUGUUGGUAAAAUGAAAGCUAAGAAUAGUCCUGACAAGCUGGAAUCAGGGUACUAGUAUUGUUUUCGCUGUGAGAAAUAAAACCUCUUCAAUGCUGCAGGUCUCAACUCUUAAAUGUUCUGUCUAAGAAAAACAUAACAUUUAUUUCCUGUAAAUCUCAUCAUACUGUACAGAUUCUGUACCCCAGUUGAAGUGUUGUUACUGGAUCUGUGUAGACUUUUUGAAAGUGAACUUACAUUUCUCCUCUGUGAUGAAAAGAAGCUAGUCUAGUAUAUAUAUUCAUCAGCAUCACAUGGUCAGAUGUUGGUGUGCAUGGGUGUUGUUGUGACUUUGGAUCUCGGACCCUGACAAAAAAAACAAAACGUCACAGAUUGUAAUAAUUGCAACAUAUCACAU